CAAUGAAUGCGACUGGUGAGGAUAGUGUUCGGCGUCGGGAACGCGCACGCAAGUCUCUGCCCUAUUGCGGAGCAAGAGCCGAAAGGGAGACAGCUCUGAAAAGGCUGUUAUAAGAGAACUGGUACCUAGUACCUACAGCAGACACGCAGUUGUUGCUUGGGGAAACAACGGUUCAUAUCGACAGACGGUGUGAAAACAACAACCAUUCGCCUUUUUUCUCCUUCGCGAAAGCAUCCAUGGUGCAGGUGCACCCACUCCCAUCAUCUCGGCAGUGAAUUAUGUCAGUGCAUUGAUGAGCAGCUCUCCCGUGAGGAGAUGCCUCUUUUGCUCUUAGCCUAAACGUUCUACCAUUCAGGCUUUGUGAGUUGUAUCCUUGCGCUGGAAGUAGCUAUCAGUGCUAAUUGUAACGUACGAUUAAGGAGUAAGGUGAGAGGUACAGAUCCAUAAAGGUGAGACCAGCGCUAAGGAGCGAAGUCCAACAGUCUGAUCUCGAGAGCUGCAUCGGUACCGAGCAGAAGAAUAUGACAGAUAUUAUAGAAAGGAGGUUAAAGGUGACCCACUCUAUCUACUGCCUGGGAAGCAACAUGCCACCGUGUUUAGUCCUUCUUCUUCUCCUUCUCCACGUAGCCUGCACUAUUAAAGUUCCUUUGGACCCAACCAUUCAACGAGACCUAAUACAACCCCCAACCAUCAUCAAGCAGUCUGCAAAAAAUUAUAUUGUAGAUCCCCGUGAUAACAUCUUCAUUGACUGUGAAGCUCAGGGGAAUCCUUACCCAAUAUUUUCAUGGACAAAAAAUGGGAAAUUUUACAAUGUGGCAAAAGAUCCUCGAGUAUCAUUCCGUCGCCGAUCUGGGACCCUCGAAAUAGAUAUUCAUGGAGGAGGAAGACCUGAAGAUUAUGAGGGGGAAUACCAAUGCUUUGCACGCAACCUUCAUGGAACAGCUUUAUCAAACAAGAUCUUACUUCAAGUCUCUCGAUCCCCUUUGUGGCCCAAAGAAAACCUGGACCCAGUGGUGGUAAAUGAAGGUGCCUUCUUGAUCCUUCAGUGCAAUCCUCCCCAUGGACUUCCUCCACCAGUCAUAUUUUGGAUGAGCAGCUUGAUGGAGCCUAUUGUCCAGGACAAGAGGGUAUCCCAGGGAUUGAAUGGGGACCUUUAUUUUUCCAACGUUCUGCGUCAGGAUGCUCAGACUGAUUAUAGCUGCAAUGCACGCUCCCAUUUUACUCACACUAUUCAGCAGAAGAACCCAUAUUCUCUAAAAGUGCUUACCAAGAAUUCUCGUAAUGACUCUGCAAUAUACUCCUAUAAGAAUUUCACUAGUAUGUACCUUGCCAGAGGGAUGCCUGAGAGAACCCCAACUUUCUUGCUGCCUACGGGUACUUCUAGCAGUAAACUAGUGCUACGUGAUGAGGACUUGCUACUGGAGUGUAUUGCUUCUGGAGUACCAACGCCAGACAUCAUGUGGUAUAAGAAAGGAGGAGAGCUACCCAGCAAGAAACUGAAAUUUGAAAACUUCAACAAGACUCUACGCAUCAUUGGAGUGUCUGAAGAGGACUCGGGGGAGUAUUUUUGCCAAGCUUCGAACAAGAUGGGCAGCAUUAGACACACGAUUUCUGUCCGGGUGAAGGCUGCUCCAUAUUGGCUUGAUGAGCCAAAGAACUUAAUUCUUGCACCCGGUGAGAAUGGACGUUUGGUAUGUCGUGCCAGUGGCAGCCCCAAACCUACAAUCCAGUGGUUUAUGAAUGGAGAUGCUAUUGAAGUGGGUGCCACAAAUCCCAACUUUGAAAUUGCGGGUGACACCAUCAUUUUCCGAGAAGUACAGAGUGGCAACAGUGCUGUAUACCAAUGCAAUGCUUCUAAUGAACAUGGUUAUCUGUUAGCUAAUGCCUUCGUCAGCAUUCUAGAUGUCCCAUCUCGGAUGCUGGGCCCUCGUUAUCAGGUGAUUCGAGUGAUAGAAUACAACAGGACCCAGCUAGACUGCCCUUUUUUUGGCUCUCCUAUACCUACUCUCCGCUGGUUUAAAAAUGGACAGGGUAGUAACCUUGAUGGUGGCAACUACCGUGUGCAUGAAAAUGGGACCCUAGAGAUUAACACUGUGAGGAAGGAGGACCAAGGAAAAUACACAUGCGUUGCUACCAAUAUUUUGGGCAAUGCUGAAAAUACUGUGCGGCUGGAGGUCAAAGAGCCAACUCGUAUUGUAAAAGGCCCUGAAGAUCAGAUUGGUAAGAGGGGUUCUUCUGUUCGCCUGGACUGUCGAGUUCGCAGUGACUCAUCUCUUAGACUCACUGUUACCUGGAUGAAAGAGGACACUCAGCUGUAUAUAAGCAGCAGAAUGAAGAAAGAUGAGGAUGGACUUACAAUAUUUGGUGUGGCAGAAAAGGAUCAGGGAGCAUAUACAUGUUUUGCUAAAACGGAAUUGGACCAGGACUCUUCUAAAGCUUAUCUCACAAUACAGGAAACUUCCUCACCUACUAGCCGACUGACCUCCCAUCUCAUAGACAAACCAGACCCCCCAUUGGACCUGGAGCUAACUGAACCAUCAGUUAGGAGUGUUCGCCUCACUUGGGUUCCAGGAGAUGAUAACAACAGUCCCAUUACAGGUUUUAUUGUUCAAUUUGAGGAAGACAGGCAUCAGCCAGGUGCAUGGCAUAACCUUGCCUCUGUCCCUGGCAAUGUGAACACUGUUCUACUACAGCUUUCUCCUUAUGUCAACUAUCAAUUUCGAGUUCUUGCACUAAAUGAACUUGGGAGCAGCAUGCCAAGCCCAUCUUCAGAACGUUUUCAGACAGCAGGAGCAUUUCCAGAAACAAAUCCAAGUGAUGUGAAGGGAGCAGGAACUAGCAAAAAUAAUAUGGAAAUCACAUGGACACCACUGAACUCUACUCAGGCGUAUGGUCCAAACCUGCGCUACAACGUGAAGUGGCGCCAACGUCACACAGGAGAGCCUUGGAGUAAUGUAACAGUUUGGGGCAACAAGCAUGUGGUGUGGAAUACACCAGUAUACACCCAAUACGAACUACGAGUGCAGGCGGAAAACGAAUUCGGGAAGGCGCCAGAGCCAAACACUGUGAUUGGAUACUCUGGAGAAGACUAUCCUAAGGCUGCACCCACUGACAUUAAGCUACGGGUCAUGAACAGCACUGCCAUCUCUCUUCAGUGGACACGUGUUGCACCUGCCUCUAUCCAAGGAAGCCUACAGGAAUACAGAGCCUAUUUUUGGAGAGAAAGUAGUUUGAUGAAGGGUGUCUGGGUCUCACGUAAGAAACAGCAACAGAGUUUUAUGGGGGACCGUGUGAGAGGCAUCGUGUCUCAACUGAUUCCAUACAGCAUCUACAAGUUGUACAUGGUUGCAGUGAAUGGCCGAGGGGAUGGCCCCAAAAGUGAAGUGAAGGAGUUCAUAACCCCAGAGGGAGUGCCGAGUGCUCCUAAAUACUUUCGAGUCUAUGAGCCAAAUCGGGAAAUCAUUGUUGUUGAAUGGGGUCAACCAGAGCACCGGAACGGAAACUUGACUGCAUACAACCUCCGCAUCCAGCCAUUUAAUGGGACCAGAACUGGGAAGGCUGUGCUUGAAACACUUUCACCUAAUCAAACCAAAUAUACCCUGCAAAGAACAGAUCCUGUGUCCCGUUAUCGUUUUUCUCUCAAUGCGAGAACACAGGUUGGUGCAGGGGAAGUCAUCACAGCCGAGUCUCCUGUCAGACAGGAUGAAGUUUCUACCACAUCAGUUCCUUCUGUGUCUCCUGUACCUGUCACAGAUGCUCCCACAGAGACCCCAAAUAUUCCCCCAACUUCAUCUGAUGCCACUACCACUCUUCUAGCUACAACCAGUGUCACCUUGACAACCCUUCUCACUACUGAAACAGCUGAUACAGAAAGUUCGCUGAUCGCCGUUACUAGAAUUCAUAACAUAGCCACCUCUGGACCAUCUCUUUGGAACCUAACAGCAUUGCCCAACACUUACUGGGCAAAUAUCACCUGGAUGCAUAACUUAGAGCCAGGCUCUGUAUUUAUGGUUGAGUAUACUGACAGUAACAAUACAGUGAAAACUGUUCCUGUUAAGGCUCAUGUCCCCUCCAUCCAACUCUUUGACCUGGUGCCUGGGAUGACCUACAGGGUGCGGGUUUACUCCCAGGAGCACCCCUCAGUCACAAGCCCCUAUGUGACAUUUGAUACCAGCUCAGCUUACACAAAGAAUCAAGUUGACAUUGCUACACAAGGCUGGUUUAUUGGGCUCAUGUGUGCAGUUGCUCUGCUGGUGCUGAUUUUGCUGAUCGUAUGUUUUAUCAAAAGGAGCCGAGGAGGCAAGUACCCAGUGAGAGAAAAAAAGGAGGUAGCAUUGGGACCAGAUGAUAACAAAGAUGGGGAUGGCUCAUUUGACUACAGGUUUUUUGGAAGUGAUGAGGACAACAAGCCCCUGCAAGGUAGUCAAACUUCGCUGGAUGGAACUAUAAAGCAACAGGAGAGUGAUGACAGCCUUGUGGAUUAUGGAGAAGGGGGAGAGGGGCAGUUUAAUGAGGAUGGGUCAUUUAUAGGGCAGUAUACAGUGAAAAAGGACAAAGAUGAAACAGAGGGAAAUGAAAGUUCAGAGGCCACAUCUCCUGUAAAUGCUAUCUAUUCCCUGGCAUAGAACAAUGCCAGUUGCUAUACAUACUUUGCUAUAACAGCCUCAGUUUCUAAUGUUCUCCAAAUAUUUAAAGAAGUGUUUUUGCUCAUGUAGGCGCACAGGCACACAUUGUACAAGUCCAAAUGGGAUCUAUACAUUCAAGCAUCAACUUUCUGAGACCUACAUUUAUCUUCUUCAGUCAUUGAAACGAGAUGGCUCUCUAAAGUCACAGAAGCUACAUAUCUGCUGCCUCUCUUAACUUUUUGGCAACAAGCAAUGUUAAUAACCCUUGAAAUGCAUUUUCUUGAACCUUGUGUUGCGAUGCAAAUAAUGGUAAUUCUAAUGGCCCUCAUCAGGAGUGUAAGAAGGAGACACAAUAAAUUGUUGCUAUGUUUAAUUUCACUAAAGGAUUGAACAUGACAUAACUCCGUAGUAAAGAUAUCUAUUGCUUCUUUCAAUCUCAGAACUUGCCUCAUUUGAAAGUUACUUUUAAUUACUAAUUGAAGGGAAAAGGGUCUCUCAGUUAAGUGAGGGGUAUUUAAGUGUAACAUAUGAUUUCUUUGUGUAUACCCCUUCUUGAUUGAACAGGUUUUUGCCUAUGAUUUUAGUGUCUAAUGUAAUUUCCCUUCAUGGAGGUGGUUGUAGUACCUGAUUAUUUUUUCUUACCUUAAUAUAAGCCUUUAUCUUUUUAUGCUUCGUGGUGUUCUCUAUUUAAAAAUAAGUGACUAUUAAAGGCAAUAAUGUAAAUCAAUGCCACUUAUUUAAAAGGCCAAGGAUUGAAGACAGGCCAAUUGUAAUUGAAGAAAGUGUUAAAAGACUGCACCUGCCUGUGGGUAGGUCAGCAUGUACUGGGUUAGGUCAGCAUGUACCCAAGAUCUUCACUCCCUUAGAUCACUAUACACUGCACUUGUGCCUACCCCUUGCACACUGUGCCUCCACCAGAUCUGAGAUGUUAAGGGCCUUACUACUAUGACACAGUACACACAGAGUUUCAUCUAUCACUUCUACUGUGUACCAGGUGAAUAAUAUGCAGGGAAUUGGUGUACAAAGGAAAUGCUGUCCUUGCAUGCUGUCCCUAAAUUCACAUUCAGUUGCAGCUCUUUAUACUGGUGAC